AUGCCUGUGAAGUGGAUGUCUCUUCUGCUGCUCCUGUUGCAGAUGACUUGCUACUUCAGAUCUGGGAAUUGUGGGAAGGUGUUGGUGUGGCCAAUAGAAUACAGUCACUGGCUGAAUCUAAAGAUAAUACUGGGUGAACUUACAGAGAGAGGUCAUGAAGUGACUGUUCUGAGACCUUCAGCUUCCAUAUUUCUUGAUCCUGAAAAGUCACCUGACCUAAAGUUUGAGAGUUUUCCUACAUCUCUCAGUAAAGAUGAUCUGGAUAAGACUAUCAUGAGGUUUGUGAAUGUAUGGACUUAUGAGAUGCCAAGAGAUACAUGUUUGUCAUACUCGCCGUUGCUAGAAAAUUUAUUUCAGGAAAUUUAUGACAGUUAUCUAAUUCUUUGUAAAGACACAGUUUCAAACAAACAGCUGAUGACAAAACUACAGAAAUCCAAGUUUGAUGUCCUUGUCUCGGAUGCCAUUGUUCCCUGUGGGGAGCUGAUAGCUGAACUGCUCCAGAUCCCUUUUCUGUACACUCUUCGCUUUACUCCUGGCUAUACAAUGGAAAAGAACAGUGGAGGAUUUAUAGUCCCUCCCUCUUAUGUACCUAUAAUUUUGUCAGGAUUAGGGGGCCAAAUGACAUUCAUGGAGAGGGUAAGAAAUAUGAUAUGUAUGCUUUAUUUUGACUUUUGGUUCCAGUCACUUAAUGAGAAGAAAUGGGAUCAGUUUUACAGUGAAACUUUGGGAAGGCACACGACCUUAGCUGAGACAUCAGGCAAAGCAGAAAUGUGGCUCAUUCGCUCCUACUGGGAUUUGGAGUUUCCUCGCCCAACCUUACCAAAUGUUGACUAUGUAGGAGGACUCCACUGCAGACCUGCUAAACCCUUGCCUAAGGAAAUGGAAGACUUUGUCCAGAGUUCUGGAGAGCAUGGUGUUGUGGUGUUUUCUCUGGGGUCAAUGGUCAGCAACAUGACAGAAGAAGAAGCCAACACUAUUGCAUGGGCCCUUGCACAGAUUCCACAAAAUGUUCUUUGGAGAUUUGAUGGCAAAACACCAGACACCUUAGGACCCAAUACCAGAGUCUACAAAUGGCUCCCCCAGAAUGAUAUUCUAGGUCAUCCAAAAACCAAAGCCUUUGUAACUCAUGGUGGAGCUAAUGGCAUCUAUGAGGCAAUUCAUUUUGGAAUCCCUAUGAUUGGCAUUCCUUUGUUUGGAGAACAACAUGAUAACAUUGCCUACAUGGUGGCCAAAGGAGCAGCUGUUGCAUUAAAUUUCAGAACACUGACAAGCUAUAAAGAGAAUGCUAUGUGGUUAUCAACUAUUCACAAUGACCAGCCCAUGAAGCCUCUGGACAGAGCCGUCUUCUGGAUUGAGUUUGUCAUGCGCCACAAAGGAGCCAAGCAUCUGAAGCCUCUUGCAUACAACCUCACCUGGUACCAGUACUACUCUCUGGAUGGCCUGGGGCGACGCCCCCGCCCUCCUCCGGCGUCCCGGGUGCCCGGCAUGAGUCCGGAAGUGGCCCUGACCCAGGCUGGACGCCGGGCGAGUAAACCCGUGUCAGCUGACAGCCGGGAGGCAGCUGGUGCAGGUGGCCCCCCUCGACGAUGUCCCCUCCUCCUGCGUCGAACCGCCAGAACUGAGUCCUAG